GACGUGGACGUGGAUGUGGACGUGGUCGUGGACGUGGACGUGGACGUGGAGGUGGACGUGAACGUGGACUUGGAUGUGGACGUGGACCUGAACGUGGACCUGGACGUGAACGUGGACGUGGACAUGGACGUGGACUUGGACGUGGACGUGGAUAUGGACGUGGACGUGUUCGUGGAUGUGGACGUGGACGUGGACGUGGUCGUGGACGUGGACGUAGACGUGUACGUGGACGUGGUCGUGGACGUGGACGUGGACGUGGACCUGGACGUGGACGUGGACGUGGACGUGGUUGUGGACGUGGACGUGGAUUUGGACGUGGACGUGGACUUGGACGUGGACGUGGACGUGGACGUGGUCCUGGACGUGGACGUGGACGUGGACGUGGACUUGGACGUGGAUGUGGACGUGGACGUUGACGUGGACGUGGAGGACAUGGACGUGGACGUGGACGACGUGGACGUGGACGUGGACGUGGACGUGGUCGUGGACGUGGACGUGGACUUGGACGUGGACUUGGACCUGGACGUGGACCUGGACGUGGACGUGGACGUGAACCUAGACGUGGACGAGGACGUAAACGUGGACGUGGACGUGGACCUGGACGUGGACUUGGACGUGGACUUGGACGUGGACGUGGACGUGGUCGUGCACGUGGACGUAGAGGUGGACAUGGACUUGGACUUGGACGUGGACGUGGAUGUGGACGUGGACGUGGACCUGGACCUGGACGUGUACCUGGACUUGGACGUGGACUUGGACGUGGACGUGGACGUGGUCGACGUGGACCUGGACGUGGUUGUGGACGUGGACGUGGACGUGGACAUGGAGGACGUGGACUUGGACGUGGACGUGGACGUGGUCGUGGACAUGGACGUGGACGUGGACGUGGAUCUUGACGUGGACCUGGACGUGGACGUGGACCUGGACAUGGACGUGGACGUGGACGUGGACGUGUUCGUGGACGUGGACAUAGACGUGCACUUGGACGUGGACCUGGACCUGGACCUGGACGUGGACUUGGACGUGGACGUGGACGUGGUUGUGGACGUGGACCUGGACGUGGACGUGGACGUGGUCGUGGACGUGGACGUGGACGUGGAAAGGUCACGUGGAUGGGAUGUGGACGUGGACGUGGAUGUGGACGUGGAGGUGGAUGUGGACGUGGACGUGGACGUGGACGUGGACGUGGACGUGGAGGUGGAUGUGGACGUGGACGUGGACGUGGACGUGGUUGUGGACGUGGACGUCGACGUGGACGUGGAUCUGGACCUGGACGUGGAGGUGGAGGUAGACGUGGACCUGGACGUGGACGUGGACGUGGACGUGGACAUGGUCGUGAACGUGGACUUGGACGUAAACCUGGACGUGGACGUGGAGGUGGACGUGGACCUGGACGUGGACGUGGACUUGGACGUGGACGUGGACGUGGACGUGAUCGUGGACGUGGACGUGGACGUGGUCGUGGACGUGGACGUGGUCGUGGACGAGGACGUGGACGUGGACGUGGACCUCGACAUGGACGUGGACGUGGACGUGGACAUGGAUGUGGACCUGGACCUGGACGUGGACGUGGACGUGGACGUGGACGUGGACGUGGUCGUGGACGUGGACGUGGACGAGGACGUGGUCCUGGACGUGGACGUGGACGUGGACGUGGACCCGGACGUGGACUUGGAGGUAGACGUGGACCUUGACGUGGACUUGGACGUGGACGUGGACCUGGACGUGGACUUGGACGUGGACGUGGACGUGGAAGUGGACGUGGUUGUGGACAUGGACGUGGACGUGGACGUGGACGUGGUCGUGGACGUGGACGUGGACGUGGUCGUGGACGUGGACGUGGACGUGGACGUGGUCGUGGACGUGGACGUGGACGUGGACGUGGACGUGGUCGUGGACGUGGACGUGGACGUGGACCUGGACGUGGACGUGGUCGUGGACGUGGACGUGGACGUGGACGUGGUCGUGAACGUGGACGUGGACAUUGACGUGGACUUGGACGUGGACCAGGACGUGGACAUAGACGUGGACGUGGAUGUGGACGUGGACGUGGUCGUUGAUGUGGACGUGGACGUGGACGUGGACGUGGACGUGGAGGUGGAUGUGGACGUGGACGUGGACGUGGACGUGGUUGUGGACGUGGACGUCGACGUGGACGUGGAUCUGGACCUGGACGUGGACGUGGAGGUGGAUGUGGACCUGGACGUGGACGUGGACGUAGACAAGGACGUGGUCGUGAACGUGGACAUGGACGUAAAUCUGGACGUGGACGUGGAGGUGGACGUGGACCUGGACGUGGACAUGGACUUGGACGUGGACGUGGACGUGGACGUGGUCGUGGACGUGGACGUGGACGUGGUCGUGGACGUGGACGUGGUCGUGGACGUGGACGUGGACCUCCACAUGGACGUGGACGUGGACAUGGAUGUGGACCUGGACGUGGACGUGGACGUGGAUGUGGACGUGGACGUGGUUGUGGACGUGGAAGUGGACGUGGACGUGGACGUGGUCGUGGACGUGGACGUGGACGUGGACGUAAACCUAGACGUGGACGUGGAGGAGGACGUGGACCUGGACGUGGACUUGGACGUGGACAUGGACAAGGACGUGGUCGUGGACGUGGACGUGGAUGUGGACGUGGUCAUGGACGUGGACGUGGUCGUGGACGUGGACGUGGACGUGGACCUCGACAUGGACGUGGACGUGGACGUGGACUUGGACGUGGACGUGGACGUGGACGUGGACGUGGACGUGGACGUGGUCGUGGACGUGGACGUGGACAUGGACGUGGACGUGGACUUGGACGUGGACGUGGACGUGGGUUUGGACGUGGACCUGGACCUCGACGUGGACGUGCACGUGCACGUGGACGUGGACGUGGACGUGGACGUGGACGACGUGGACGUGGAUGUGGACGUGGUCGUGGACGUGGACGUGGACGUGGAGGUGGACGUGAACGUGGACUUGGAUGUGGACGUGGACCUGAACGUGGACCUGGACGUGAACGUGGACGUGGACAUGGACGUGGACUUGGACGUGGACGUGGAUAUGGACGUGGACGUGUUCGUGGAUGUGGACGUGGACGUGGACGUGGUCGUGGACGUGGACGUAGACGUGUACGUGGACGUGGUCGUGGACGUGGACGUGGACGUGGACCUGGACGUGGACGUGGACGUGGACGUGGACUUGGACGUGGAUGUGGACGUGGACGUUGACGUGGACGUGGAGGACAUGGACGUGGACGUGGACGACGUGGACGUGGACGUGGACGUGGACGUGGUCGUGGACGUGGACGUGGACUUGGACGUGGACUUGGACCUGGACGUGGACCUGGACGUGGACGUGGACGUGAACCUAGACGUGGACGAGGACGUAAACGUGGACGUGGACGUGGACCUGGACGUGGACUUGGACGUGGACUUGGACGUGGACGUGGACGUGGUCGUGCACGUGGACGUAGAGGUGGACAUGGACUUGGACUUGGACGUGGACGUGGAUGUGGACGUGGACGUGGACCUGGACCUGGACGUGUACCUGGACUUGGACGUGGACUUGGACGUGGACGUGGACGUGGUCGUGGAUGUGGACGUGGACGUGGACGUGGACGUGGAGGAUUUGGACGUGGACGUGGACGUGGACGUGGACGUGGAUGUGGACGUUGACGUGGACGUGGUCGUGGACGUGGACGUGGACUUGGACGUGGACGUGGACGUGGACGAGGACGUGGACGUGGACGUGGACGUGGACGUGGUCGUGGACGUAGACGUGGAUGUGGACGUGGACGUGGACGAGGACGUGGACGUGGACGUGGACGUGGACCUGGACCUGGACCUGGACGUGGACCUGGACGAGGUCGUGGACGUGGACUUGGACUUGGACGUUGACGUGGAUGUGGACGUGGACGUGGACGUGGACGUGGUCGUGGACGUGGACGUGGACGUGGACGUCGUCGUGGACGUGGACGUGGACUUGGACGUGGUCGUGGAUGUGGACGUGGACGUGGACGUGGACCUGGACGUAGAUGUGGACGUGGACGUGGACGUGGUCCUGGACGUGGACGUGGACGUGGACGUGGACCUGGACAUGGACGUAGACAUGGAUGUGGACCUGGACGUGGACGUGGACCUGGACGUGGACGUGGACGUGGACGUGGACGUGGUCGUGGACGUGGACGUGGACGAGGACGUGGUCCUGGACGUGGACGUGGACGUGGACGUGGACCCGGACGUGGACUUGGAGGUAGACGUGGACCUUGACGUGGACUUGGACGUGGACGUGGACCUGGACGUGGACUUGGACGUGGACGUGGACGUGGAAGUGGACGUGGUUGUGGACAUGGACGUGGACGUGGACGUGGACGUGGUCGUGGACGUGGACGUGGACGUGGUCGUGGACGUGGACGUGGACGUGGACGUGGUCGUGGACGUGGACGUGGACGUGGACGUGGACGUGGUCGUGGACGUGGACGUGGACGUGGACCUGGACGUGGACGUGGUCGUGGACGUGGACGUGGACGUGGACGUGGUCGUGAACGUGGACGUGGACAUUGACGUGGACUUGGACGUGGACCAGGACGUGGACAUAGACGUGGACGUGGAUGUGGACGUGGACGUGGUCGUGGAUGUGGACGUGGACGUGGACGUGGACGUGGACGUGGAGGUGGAUGUGGACGUGGACGUGGACGUGGACGUGGUUGUGGACGUGGACGUCGACGUGGACGUGGAUCUGGACCUGGACGUGGACGUGGAGGUGGAUGUGGACCUGGACGUGGACGUGGACGUAGACAAGGACGUGGUCGUGAACGUGGACAUGGACGUAAAUCUGGACGUGGACGUGGAGGUGGACGUGGACCUGGACGUGGACAUGGACUUGGACGUGGACGUGGACGUGGACGUGGUCGUGGACGUGGACGUGGACGUGGUCGUGGACGUGGACGUGGUCGUGGACGUGGACGUGGACCUCCACAUGGACGUGGACGUGGACAUGGAUGUGGACCUGGACGUGGACGUGGACGUGGAUGUGGACGUGGACGUGGUUGUGGACGUGGAAGUGGACGUGGACGUGGACGUGGUCGUGGACGUGGACGUGGACGUGGACGUAAACCUAGACGUGGACGUGGAGGAGGACGUGGACCUGGACGUGGACUUGGACGUGGACAUGGACAAGGACGUGGUCGUGGACGUGGACGUGGAUGUGGACGUGGUCAUGGACGUGGACGUGGUCGUGGACGUGGACGUGGACGUGGACCUCGACAUGGACGUGGACGUGGACGUGGACUUGGACGUGGACGUGGACGUGGACGUGGACGUGGACGUGGUCGUGGACGUGGACGUGGACAUGGACGUGGACGUGGACUUGGACGUGGACGUGGACGUGGGUUUGGACGUGGACCUGGACCUCGACGUGGACGUGCACGUGCACGUGGACGUGGACGUGGACGUGGACGUGGACGACGUGGACGUGGAUGUGGACGUGGUCGUGGACGUGGACGUGGACGUGGAGGUGGACGUGAACGUGGACUUGGAUGUGGACGUGGACCUGAACGUGGACCUGGACGUGAACGUGGACGUGGACAUGGACGUGGACUUGGACGUGGACGUGGAUAUGGACGUGGACGUGUUCGUGGAUGUGGACGUGGACGUGGACGUGGUCGUGGACGUGGACGUAGACGUGUACGUGGACGUGGUCGUGGACGUGGACGUGGACGUGGACCUGGACGUGGACGUGGACGUGGACGUGGUUGUGGACGUGGACGUGGAUUUGGACGUGGACGUGGACUUGGACGUGGACGUGGACGUGGACGUGGUCCUGGACGUGGACGUGGACGUGGACGUGGACUUGGACGUGGAUGUGGACGUGGACGUUGACGUGGACGUGGAGGACAUGGACGUGGACGUGGACGACGUGGACGUGGACGUGGACGUGGACGUGGUCGUGGACGUGGACGUGGACUUGGACGUGGACUUGGACCUGGACGUGGACCUGGACGUGGACGUGGACGUGAACCUAGACGUGGACGAGGACGUAAACGUGGACGUGGACGUGGACCUGGACGUGGACUUGGACGUGGACUUGGACGUGGACGUGGACGUGGUCGUGCACGUGGACGUAGAGGUGGACAUGGACUUGGACUUGGACGUGGACGUGGAUGUGGACGUGGACGUGGACCUGGACCUGGACGUGUACCUGGACUUGGACGUGGACUUGGACGUGGACGUGGACGUGGUCGACGUGGACCUGGACGUGGUUGUGGACGUGGACGUGGACGUGGACAUGGAGGACGUGGACUUGGACGUGGACGUGGACGUGGUCGUGGACAUGGACGUGGACGUGGACGUGGAUCUUGACGUGGACCUGGACGUGGACGUGGACCUGGACAUGGACGUGGACGUGGACGUGGACGUGUUCGUGGACGUGGACAUAGACGUGCACUUGGACGUGGACCUGGACCUGGACCUGGACGUGGACUUGGACGUGGACGUGGACGUGGUUGUGGACGUGGACCUGGACGUGGACGUGGACGUGGUCGUGGACGUGGACGUGGACGUGGAAAGGUCACGUGGAUGGGAUGUGGACGUGGACGUGGAUGUGGACGUGGAGGUGGAUGUGGACGUGGACGUGGACGUGGACGUGGACGUGGACGUGGAGGUGGAUGUGGACGUGGACGUGGACGUGGACGUGGUUGUGGACGUGGACGUCGACGUGGACGUGGAUCUGGACCUGGACGUGGAGGUGGAGGUAGACGUGGACCUGGACGUGGACGUGGACGUGGACGUGGACAUGGUCGUGAACGUGGACUUGGACGUAAACCUGGACGUGGACGUGGAGGUGGACGUGGACCUGGACGUGGACGUGGACUUGGACGUGGACGUGGACGUGGACGUGAUCGUGGACGUGGACGUGGACGUGGUCGUGGACGUGGACGUGGUCGUGGACGAGGACGUGGACGUGGACGUGGACCUCGACAUGGACGUGGACGUGGACGUGGACAUGGAUGUGGACCUGGACCUGGACGUGGACGUGGACGUGGACGUGGACGUGGACGUGGUCGUGGACGUGGACGUGGACGAGGACGUGGUCCUGGACGUGGACGUGGACGUGGACGUGGACCCGGACGUGGACUUGGAGGUAGACGUGGACCUUGACGUGGACUUGGACGUGGACGUGGACCUGGACGUGGACUUGGACGUGGACGUGGACGUGGAAGUGGACGUGGUUGUGGACAUGGACGUGGACGUGGACGUGGACGUGGUCGUGGACGUGGACGUGGACGUGGUCGUGGACGUGGACGUGGACGUGGACGUGGUCGUGGACGUGGACGUGGACGUGGACGUGGACGUGGUCGUGGACGUGGACGUGGACGUGGACCUGGACGUGGACGUGGUCGUGGACGUGGACGUGGACGUGGACGUGGUCGUGAACGUGGACGUGGACAUUGACGUGGACUUGGACGUGGACCAGGACGUGGACAUAGACGUGGACGUGGAUGUGGACGUGGACGUGGUCGUUGAUGUGGACGUGGACGUGGACGUGGACGUGGACGUGGAGGUGGAUGUGGACGUGGACGUGGACGUGGACGUGGUUGUGGACGUGGACGUCGACGUGGACGUGGAUCUGGACCUGGACGUGGACGUGGAGGUGGAUGUGGACCUGGACGUGGACGUGGACGUAGACAAGGACGUGGUCGUGAACGUGGACAUGGACGUAAAUCUGGACGUGGACGUGGAGGUGGACGUGGACCUGGACGUGGACAUGGACUUGGACGUGGACGUGGACGUGGACGUGGUCGUGGACGUGGACGUGGACGUGGUCGUGGACGUGGACGUGGUCGUGGACGUGGACGUGGACCUCCACAUGGACGUGGACGUGGACAUGGAUGUGGACCUGGACGUGGACGUGGACGUGGAUGUGGACGUGGACGUGGUUGUGGACGUGGAAGUGGACGUGGACGUGGACGUGGUCGUGGACGUGGACGUGGACGUGGACGUAAACCUAGACGUGGACGUGGAGGAGGACGUGGACCUGGACGUGGACUUGGACGUGGACAUGGACAAGGACGUGGUCGUGGACGUGGACGUGGAUGUGGACGUGGUCAUGGACGUGGACGUGGUCGUGGACGUGGACGUGGACGUGGACCUCGACAUGGACGUGGACGUGGACGUGGACUUGGACGUGGACGUGGACGUGGACGUGGACGUGGACGUGGACGUGGUCGUGGACGUGGACGUGGACAUGGACGUGGACGUGGACUUGGACGUGGACGUGGACGUGGGUUUGGACGUGGACCUGGACCUCGACGUGGACGUGCACGUGCACGUGGACGUGGACGUGGACGUGGACGUGGACGACGUGGACGUGGAUGUGGACGUGGUCGUGGACGUGGACGUGGACGUGGAGGUGGACGUGAACGUGGACUUGGAUGUGGACGUGGACCUGAACGUGGACCUGGACGUGAACGUGGACGUGGACAUGGACGUGGACUUGGACGUGGACGUGGAUAUGGACGUGGACGUGUUCGUGGAUGUGGACGUGGACGUGGACGUGGUCGUGGACGUGGACGUAGACGUGUACGUGGACGUGGUCGUGGACGUGGACGUGGACGUGGACCUGGACGUGGACGUGGACGUGGACGUGGACUUGGACGUGGAUGUGGACGUGGACGUUGACGUGGACGUGGAGGACAUGGACGUGGACGUGGACGACGUGGACGUGGACGUGGACGUGGACGUGGUCGUGGACGUGGACGUGGACUUGGACGUGGACUUGGACCUGGACGUGGACCUGGACGUGGACGUGGACGUGAACCUAGACGUGGACGAGGACGUAAACGUGGACGUGGACGUGGACCUGGACGUGGACUUGGACGUGGACUUGGACGUGGACGUGGACGUGGUCGUGCACGUGGACGUAGAGGUGGACAUGGACUUGGACUUGGACGUGGACGUGGAUGUGGACGUGGACGUGGACCUGGACCUGGACGUGUACCUGGACUUGGACGUGGACUUGGACGUGGACGUGGACGUGGUCGACGUGGACCUGGACGUGGUUGUGGACGUGGACGUGGACGUGGACAUGGAGGACGUGGACUUGGACGUGGACGUGGACGUGGUCGUGGACAUGGACGUGGACGUGGACGUGGAUCUUGACGUGGACCUGGACGUGGACGUGGACCUGGACAUGGACGUGGACGUGGACGUGGACGUGUUCGUGGACGUGGACAUAGACGUGCACUUGGACGUGGACCUGGACCUGGACCUGGACGUGGACUUGGACGUGGACGUGGACGUGGUUGUGGACGUGGACCUGGACGUGGACGUGGACGUGGUCGUGGACGUGGACGUGGACGUGGAAAGGUCACGUGGAUGGGAUGUGGACGUGGACGUGGAUGUGGACGUGGAGGUGGAUGUGGACGUGGACGUGGACGUGGACGUGGACGUGGACGUGGAGGUGGAUGUGGACGUGGACGUGGACGUGGACGUGGUUGUGGACGUGGACGUCGACGUGGACGUGGAUCUGGACCUGGACGUGGAGGUGGAGGUAGACGUGGACCUGGACGUGGACGUGGACGUGGACGUGGACAUGGUCGUGAACGUGGACUUGGACGUAAACCUGGACGUGGACGUGGAGGUGGACGUGGACCUGGACGUGGACGUGGACUUGGACGUGGACGUGGACGUGGACGUGAUCGUGGACGUGGACGUGGACGUGGUCGUGGACGUGGACGUGGUCGUGGACGAGGACGUGGACGUGGACGUGGACCUCGACAUGGACGUGGACGUGGACGUGGACAUGGAUGUGGACCUGGACCUGGACGUGGACGUGGACGUGGACGUGGUCGUGGACGUGGAAGUGGACGUGGACGUGGACGUGGACGUGGACGUGGUCGUGGACGUGGACGUGGACGUGGACGUAAACCUAGACGUGGACGUGGAGGUGGACGUGGACCUGGACGUGGACGUGGACUUGGACGUGGACGUGGACGUGGACGUGGACGUGGAUGUGGACGUGGACGUGGACGUGGACGUGGACGUGGUUGUGGACGUGGACGUCGACGUGGACGUGGAUCUGGACCUGGACGUGGACGUGGAGGUGGACGUGGACCUGGACGUGGACGUGGACGUGGACGUGGACGUGGUCGUGAACGUAGACGUGGACGUAAAUCUGGACGUGGACGUGGAGGUGGACGUGGACCUGGACGUGGACGUGGACUUGGACGUGGACGUGGACGUGGACGUGGUCGUGGACGUGGACGUGGUCGUGGACGUGGACGUGGUCGUGGACGUGGACGUGGACGUGGACCUCGACAUGGACGUGGACGUGGACGUGGACAUGGAUGUGGACCUGGACGUGGACGUGGACGUGGACGUGGACCUGGUCGUGGACGUGGAAGUGGACGUGGACGUGGACGUGGACGUGGUCGUGGACGUGGACGUGGACGUGGACGUAAACCUGGACGUGGACGUGGAGGAGGACGUGGACCUGGACGUGGACUUGGACAUGGACAUGGACGUGGACGUGGUCGACGUGGACCUGGACAUGGUCGUGGACGUGGACGUGGACGUGGACAUGGAGGACGUGGACGUGGACGUGGACGUGGUCGUGGACGUGGACGUGGACGUUGAGGUGGACGUGAACGUGGACUUGGAUGUGGACGUGGACCUGAACGUGGACCUGGACGUGAACGUGGACGUCGACGUGGACGUGGACUUGGACGUGGACGUGGAUAUGGACGUGGACGUGUUCGUGGAUGUGGACGUGGACGUGGACGUGGUCGUGGACGUGGACGUAGACGUGUACGUAGACGUGGUCGUGGACGUGGACGUGGACGUGGACCUGGACGUGGACGUGGACGUGGACGUGGACGUGGUUGUGGACGUGGACGUGGACUUGGACGUGGACGUGGACUUGGACGUCGACGUGGACGUGGACGUGGACCUGGACGUGGACGUGGACGUGGACGUGGACGUGGACUUGGACGUGGAUGUGGACGUGGACGUUGACGUGGACGUGGAGGACGUGGACGUGGACGUGGACGACGUGGACGUGGACGUGGUCGUGGACGUGGACGUGGACUUGGACGUGGACUUGGACCGGGACGUGGACCUGGACGUGGACAUGGACAUGAACCUAGACGUGGACGAGGACGUGAACGUGGACGUGGACGUGGACGUGGACCUGGACGUGGACUUGGACGUGGACUUGGACGUGGACGUGGACGUGGUCGUGCACGUGGACGUGGACGUGGACAUGGACUUGGACUUGGACGUGGACGUGGAUGUGGACGUGGACGUGGACCUGGACCUGGACGUGGACCUGGACUUGGACGUGGACUUGGACGUGGACGUGGACGUGGACGUGAUCGUGGACGUGGACGUGGACCUGGAUGUGGACGUGGACGUGGACGUGGUCGACGUGGACCUGGACGUGGUCGUGGACGUGGACGUGGACGUGGAGGACGUGGACGUGGACGUGGUCGUGGACGUGGACGUGGACUUGGACGUGGACUUGGACCUGGACGUGGACCUGGACAUGGACGUGGACGUGGACCUGGACGUGGACGUGGACGUAGACCUGGACGUGGACUUGGACGUGGACUUGGACGUGGACUUGGACGUGGACAUGGACGUGGAGGACGUGGACGUGGAUGUGGAGGACGUGGACGUGGACGACGUGGACUUAGACGUGGACGUGGACGUGGUCGUGGACAUGGACGUGGACGUGGAGGUGGACGUGAACGUGGACUUGGACGUGGACGUGGACGUGGAUCUAGACGUGGACCUGGACGUGGACGUGGACGUGGACCUGGACAUAGACGUGGACGUGGACGUGGACGUGGUCGUGGACGUGGACAUAGACGUGGACUUGGACGUGGACCUGGACCUGGACCUGGACGUGGACUUGGACGUGGACGUAGACGUGGACGUGGUCGUGGACGUGGACGUGGACGUGGACGUGGACGUGGACUCGGACCUGGACGUGGAUGUGGACGUGUACCUAGACGUGGACUUGGACGUGGACGUGGACAUUGACGUGGACGUGGAGGACGUGGACGUGGACAUGGAGGACGUGGACGUGGACGUGGACGUGGACUUGGACGUGGACCUGGACGUGGACGCGGACGUGGACGUGGACGUGGACCUGGACCUGGACGUGGACGUGGACGUGGACGUAGACGUGGUCGUGAACGUGGACGUGGACGUAAAUCUGGACGUGGACGUGGAGGUGGACGUGGACCUGGACGUGGACGUGGACUUGGACGUGGACGUGGACGUGGACGUGGUCGUGGACGUGGACGUGGACGUGGUCGUGGACGUGGACGUGGUCGUGGACGUGGACGUGGACGUGGACCUCGACAUGGACGUGGACGUGGACAUGGAUGUGGACCUGGACGUGGACGUGGACGUGGACGUGGUUGUGGACGUGGAAGUGGACGUGGACGUGGACGUGGACGUGGUCGUGGACGUGGACGUGGACGUAAACCUAGACGUGGACGUGGAGGAGGACGUGGACCUGGACGUGGACUUGGACGUGGACAUGGACGUGGUCGUGGACGUGGACGUGGACGUGGACGUGGUCAUGGACGUGGACGUGGUCGUGGACGUGGACGUGGACGUGGACCUCGACAUGGACGUGGACGUGGACGUGGACUUGGACGUGGACGUGGACGUGGACGUGGACGUGGACGUGGUCGUGGACGUGGACGUGGACGUGGACGUGGACGUGGUCGUGGACGUGGACGUGGACAUGGACGUGGACGUGGACUUGGACGUGGACGUGGACGUGGACGACGUGGACCUGGACGUGGUCGUGGACGUGGACGUGGACGUGGACAUGGAGGACGUGGACGUGGACGUGGUCGUGGACGUGGACGUGGACGUGGAGGUGGACGUGAACGUGGACUUGGAUGUGGACGUGGACCUGAACGUGGACCUGGACGUGAACGUGGACGUCGACGUGGACGUGGACUUGGACGUGGACGUGGAUAUGGACGUGGACGUGUUCGUGGAUAUGGACGUGGACGUGGACGUGGUCGUGGACGUGGACGUAGACGUGUACGUGGACGUGGUCGUGGACGUGGACGUGGACGUGGACGUGGACCUGGAUGUGGACGUGGACGUGGACGUGGACCUGGACGUGGACGUGGACGUGGACUUGGACGUGGAUGUGGACUUGGACGUGGACGUGGACGUGGACGUGGACCUGGACGUGGACGUGGACGUGGACGUGGACUUGGACGUGGAUGUGGACGUGGACGUUGACGUGGACGUGGAGGACGUGGACGUGGACGACGUGGACGUGGACGUGGACGUGAACGUGGACGUGGACGUGGUCGUGGACGUGGACGUGGUCGUGGACGUGGACGUGGACUUGGACGUGGACUUGGACCUGGACGUGGACCUGGACGUGGACGUGGACGUGAACCUAGACGUGGACGAGGACGUGAACGUGGACGUGGACGUGGACGUGGACCUGGACGUGGACUUGGACUUGGACUUGGACGUGGACGUGGACGUGGUCGUGCACGUGGACGUGGACGUGGACAUGGACUUGGACUUGGGCGUGGACGUGGAUGUGGACGUGGACGUGGACCUGGACCUGGACGUGGACCUGGACUUGGACGUGGACUUGGACGUGGACGUGGACGUGGACGUGGACGUGGUCGUGGACGUGGACGUGGACCUGGACGUGGACGUGGACGUGGACGUGGUCGUGGACGUGGUUGUGGACGUGGACGUGGACGUGGACGUGGAGGACGUAGACGUGGACGUGGAUGUGGCAAGGACGUGGACCUGGACGUGGUCGUGGACGUGGACGUGGACGUGGAGGACGUGGACGUGGACUGACGUGGUCGUGGACGUGGACGUGGACUUGGACUUGGACUUGGACCUGGACGUGGACCUGGACAUGGACGUGGACGUGGACCUGGACGUGGAUGUAGACGUGGACGUGGACGUGGACGUGGACCUGGACGUGGACUUGGACGUGGACUUGGACGUGGACUUGGACGUGGACAUGGACGUGGAGGACGUGGACGUGGACGUGGAGGACGUGGACGUGGACGACGUGGACUUGGACGUGGACGUGGACGUGGUCGUGGACAUGGAGGUGGACGUGGAGGUGGACGUGAACGUGGACUUGGACGUGGACAUGGACGUGGAUCUAGACGUGGACCUGGACGUGGACGUGGACCUGGACAUGGACGUGGACGUGGACGUGGACGUGUUCGUGGACGUGGACAUAGACGUGGACUUGGACGUGGACCUGGACCUGGACCUGGACGUGGACUUGGACGUGGACGUGGACGUGGUUGUGGACGUGGACCUGGACGUGGACGUGGACGUGGUCGUGGACGUGGACGUGGACGUGAAAAGGUCACGUGGACGUGGAGGUGGACGUGGACGUGGAGGUGGAUGGGAUGUGGACGUGGACGUGGACGUGGAGGUGGAUGUGGACGUGGACGUGGACGUGGACGUGGAGGUGGAUGUGGACGUGGACGUGGACGUGGACGUGGACGUGGUUGUGGACGUGGACGUCGACGUGGACGUGGAUCUGGACCUGGACGUGGAGGUGGAGGUAGACGUGAACCUGGACGUGGACGUGGACGUGGACAUGGUCGUGAACGUGGACUUGGACGUAAACCUGGACGUGGACGUGGAGGUGGACGUGGACCUGGACAUGGACGUGGACUUGGACGUGGACUUGGACGUGGACGUGGUCGUGGACGUGGACGUGGACGUGGUCGUGGACGUGGACGUGGUCGUGGACCUGGACGUGGACGUGGACCUCGACAUGGACGUGGACGUGGACGUGGACAUGGAUGUGGACCUGGACCUGGACCUGGACGUGGACGUGGACGUGGUCAUGGACGUGGAAGUGGACGUGGACGUGGACGUGGUCGUGGACGUGGACGUGGACGUAAACCUGGAUGUGGACGUAGAGGUGGACGUGGACCUGGACGUGGACGUGGACUUGGACGUGGACGUGGACGUGGACGUGGACGUGGAGGUGGAUGUGGACGUGGACGUGGACGUGGACGUGGUUGUGGACGUGGACGUCGACGUGGACGUGGAUCUGGACCUGGACGUGGACGUGGAGGUGGACGUGGACCUGAACGUGGACGUGGACGUGGACGUGGUCGUGAACGUGGACGUGGACGUAAAUCUGGACGUGGACGUGGAGGUGGACGUGGACAUCGACGUGGACGUGGACUUGGACGUGGACGUGGACGUGGAUGUGGUCGUGGACGUGGACGUGGUCGUGGACGUGGACGUGGUCGUGGACGUGGACAUGGACGUGGACGUGGUCGUGGACGUGGACGUGGACGUGGUCGUGGACGUGGACGUGGACGUAAACCUGGACGUGGACGUGGAGGAGGACGUGGACCUGGACGUGGACUUGGACGUGGACAUGGACGUGGAUAUGGUCGUGGACGUGGACUUGGACUUGGUCAUGGACGUGGACGUGGUCGUGGACGUGGACGUGGACGUGGACCUCGACAUGGACGUGGACGUGGACGUGGACUUGGACGUGGACAUGGACGUGGACGUGGACGUGGUCGUGGACGUGGACGUGGACGUGGUCGUGGACGUGGAUGUGGACAUGGACGUGGACGUGGACUUGGACGUGGACGUGGACGUGGACGACGUGGACCUGGACGUGGUCGUGGACGUGGACGUGGACAUGGAGGAUGUGGACGUGGACGUGGACGUGGUCGUGGACGUGGACGUGGACGUGGAGGUGGACGUGAACGUGGACUUGGAUGUGGACGUGGACCUGAACGUGGACCUGGACGUGAACGUGGACGUGGACGUGGACGUGGACUUGGACGUGGACGUGGAUAUGGACGUGGACGUGUUCGUGGAUGUGGACGUGGACGUGGACGUGGUCGUGGACGUGGACGUAGACGUGUACGUGGACGUGGUCGUGGACGUGGACGUGGACGUGGACGUGGACCUGGACGUGGACGUGGACGUGGACGUGGACGUGGUUGUGGACGUGGACGUGGACUUGGACGUGGACGUGGACUUGGACGUGGACGUGGACGUGGACCUGGACGUGGACGUGGACGUGGACUUGGACGUGGAUGACGUGGACCUGGACGUGGUCGUGGACGUGGAUGUGGACGUGGACGUGGAGAACGUGGACGUGGACGUGGACGUGGACGUGGUCGUGGACGUGGACGUGGACUUGGACGUGGACUUGGACCUGGACGUGGACCUGGACGUGGACGUGGACGUGAACCUAGACGUGGACAAGGACGUGAACGUGGACGUGGACGUGGACGUGGACGUGGACCUGGACGUGGACUUGGACGUGGACUUGGACGUGGACGUGGACGUGGUCGUGCACGUGGACGUGGACGUGGACAUGGACUUGGACUUGGACGUGGACGUGGAUGUGGACGUGGACGUGGACCUGGACCUGGACGUGGACCUGGACUUGGACGUGGACUUGGACGUGGACGUGGACGUGGUCGUGGACGUGGACGUGGACCUGGACGUGGACGUGGACGUGGUCGACGUGGACCUGGACGUGGUCGUGGACGUGGACGUGGACGUGGAGGACGUGGACGUGGACGUGGACGUGGUCGUGGACGUGGACGUGGACUUGGACGUGGACUUGGACCUGGACGUGGACCUGGACAUGGACGUGGACGUGGACCUGGACGUGGACGUAGACGUGGACGUGGACGUGGACGUGGACGUGGACCUGGACGUGGACUUGGACGUGGACUUGGACGUGGACUUGGACGUGGACAUGGACGUGGAGGACGUGGACGUGGACGUGGAGGACGUGGACGUGGACGACGUGGACUUGGACGUGGACGUGGACGUGGUCGUGGACAUGGACGUGGACGUGGAGGUGGACGUGAACGUGGACUUGGACGUGGACGUGGACGUGGAUCUAGACGUGGACCUGGACGUGGACGUGGACGUGGACCUGGACAUGGACGUGGACGUGGACGUGGACGUGGUCGUGGACGUGGACAUAGACGUGGACUUGGACGUGGACCUGGACCUGGACCUGGACGUGGACUUGGACGUGGACGUGGACGUGGACGUGGUUGUGGACGUGGACCUGGACGUGGACGUGGACGUGGUCGUGGACGUGGAAAGGUCACGUGGAUGGGAUGUGGACGUGGACGUGGACGUGGACGUGGAGGUGGAUGUGGACGUGGACGUGGACGUGGACGUGGACAUGGAGGUGGAUGUGGACGUGGACGUGGACGUGGACGUGGUUGUGGACGUGGACGUCGACGUGGACGUGGAUCUGGACCUGGACGUGGAGGUGGAGGUAGACGUGGACCUGGACGUGGACGUGGACGUGGACGUGGUCAUGGUCGUGAACGUGGACUUGGACGUAAACCUGGACGUGGACGUGGAGGUGGACGUGGACCUGGACGUGGACGUGGACGUGGACGUGGACGUGGACGUGGACAUGGACGUGGACGUGGACGUGGACGUGAACAUGGACGUGGACAUGGACGUGGACAUGGUCAUGGACGUGGACGUGGACGUGGACGUGGUCGUGGACGUGGACGUGGUCGUGGACGUGGACGUGGUCGUGGACGUGGACGUGGACGUGGACGUGGACCUCGACAUGGACGUGGACGUGGACGUGGACAUGGAUGUGGACCUGGACCUGGACGUGGACGUGGACGUGGACGUGGUCGUGGACGUGGAAGUGGACGUGGACGUGGACGUGGUCGUGGACGUGGACGUGGACGUGGACGUGGACGUAAACCUGGACGUGGACGUGGAGGUGGACGUGGACCUGGACGUGGACGUGGACUUGGACGUGGACGUGGACGUGGACGUGGAGGUGGAUGUGGACGUGGACGUGGACGUGGACGUGGACGUGGUUGUGGACGUGGACGUCGACAUGGACGUGGAUCUGGACCUGGACGUUGACGUGGAGGUGGACGUGGACCUGGACGUGGACUUGGACGUGGACGUGGACGUGGUCGUGAACGUGGACGUGGACGUAAAUCUGGACGUGGACGUGGAGGUGGACGUGGACCUGGACGUGGACGUGGACUUGGACGUGGACGUGGACGUAGACGUGGUCGUGGACGUGGACGUGGUCGUGGACGUGGACGUGGUCAUGGACGUGGACGUGGACGUGGACCUCGACAUGGACGUGGACGUGGACGUGGACAUGGAUGUGGACCUGGACGUGGACGUGGACGUGGACGUGGACGUGGACGUGGUCGUGGACGUGGAAGUGGACGUGGACGUGGACGUGGACGUGGUCGUGGACGUGGACGUGGACGUGGACGUAAACCUGGACGUGGACGUGGAGGAGGACGUGGACCUGGACGUGGACUUGGACGUGGACAUGGACGUGGACGUGGUCGUGGACGUGGACUUGGACGUGGACGUGGUCAUGUACGUGGACGUGGUCGUGGACGUGGACGUGGACGUGGACGUGGUCGUGGACGUGGACGUGGACGUGGACGUGGACGUGGUCGUGGACGUGGACGUGGUCGUGGACGUGGACGUGGACGUGGACGUGGACGUGGACUUGGACGUGGACGUGGACGUGGUCGUGGACGUGGACAUGGACGUGGACGUGGACGUGGACGUGGACGUGGACGUGGACGUGGACGUGGACGUGGUCGUGGACGUGGACGUGGACAUGGACGUGGACGUGGACUUGGACGUGGACGUGGACGUGGGUUUGGACGUGGACCUGGACCUCGACGUGGACGUGGACGUGCACGUGGACGUGGACGUGGACGUGGACGACGUGGACGUGGACGUGGACGUGGUCGUGGACGUGGACGUGGACGUGGAGGUGGACGUGAACGUGGACUUGGAUGUGGACGUGGACCUGAACGUGGACCUGGACGUGAACGUGGACGUGGACGUGGACGUGGACUUGGACGUGGACGUGGAUAUGGACGUGGACGUGUUCGUGGAUGUGGACGUGGACGUGGACGUGGUCGUGGACGUGGACGUAGACGUGUACGUGGACGUGGACGUGGUCGUGGACGUGGACGUGGACGUGGACGUGGACGUGGUUGUGGACGUGGACGUGGACUUGGACGUGGACGUGGACUUGGACGUGGACGUGGACGUGGACGUGGACCUGGACGUGGACGUGGACGUGGACGUGGACUUGGACGUGGAUGUGGACGUGGACGUUGACGUGGACGUGGAGGACGUGGACGUGGACGUGGACGACGUGGACGUGGACAUGGACGUGGACGUGGUCGUGGACGUGGACGUGGACUUGGACGUGGACUUGGACCUGGACGUGGACCUGGACGUGGACGUGGACGUGAACCUAGACGUGGACGAGGACGUGAACGUGGACGUGGACGUGGACGUGGACCUAGACGUGGACUUGGACGUGGACUUGGACGUGGACGUGGACGUGGUCGUGCACGUGGACGUGGACGUGGACAUGGACUUGGACUUGGACGUGGACGUGGAUGUGGACGUGGACGUGGACGUGGACGUGGACGUGGACGUGGACGUGGACGUGGACGACGUGGACGUGGACAUGGACGUGGACGUGGUCGUGGACGUGGACGUGGACUUGGACGUGGACUUGGACCUGGACGUGGACCUGGACGUGGACGUGGACGUGAACCUAGACGUGGACGAGGACGUGAACGUGGACGUGGACGUGGACGUGGACCUAGACGUGGACUUGGACGUGGACUUGGACGUGGACGUGGACGUGGUCGUGCACGUGGACGUGGACGUGGACAUGGACUUGGACUUGGACGUGGACGUGGAUGUGGACGUGGACGUGGACCUGGACCUGGACGUGGACCUGGACUUGGACGUGGACUUGGACGUGGACCUGGACGUGGACCUGGACGUGGACCUGGACGUCGACGUGGACGUGGAUCUGGACCUGGACGUGGAGGUGGAGGUAGACGUGAACCUGGACGUGGACGUGGACGUGGACAUGGUCGUGAACGUGGACUUGGACGUAAACCUGGACGUGGACGUGGAGGUGGACGUGGACCUGGACAUGGACGUGGACUUGGACGUGGACUUGGACGUGGACGUGGUCGUGGACGUGGACGUGGACGUGGUCGUGGACGUGGACGUGGUCGUGGACCUGGACGUGGACGUGGACCUCGACAUGGACGUGGACGUGGACGUGGACAUGGAUGUGGACCUGGACCUGGACCUGGACGUGGACGUGGACGUGGUCAUGGACGUGGAAGUGGACGUGGACGUGGACGUGGUCGUGGACGUGGACGUGGACGUAAACCUGGAUGUGGACGUAGAGGUGGACGUGGACCUGGACGUGGACGUGGACUUGGACGUGGACGUGGACGUGGACGUGGACGUGGAGGUGGAUGUGGACGUGGACGUGGACGUGGACGUGGUUGUGGACGUGGACGUCGACGUGGACGUGGAUCUGGACCUGGACGUGGACGUGGAGGUGGACGUGGACCUGAACGUGGACGUGGACGUGGACGUGGUCGUGAACGUGGACGUGGACGUAAAUCUGGACGUGGACGUGGAGGUGGACGUGGACAUCGACGUGGACGUGGACUUGGACGUGGACGUGGACGUGGAUGUGGUCGUGGACGUGGACGUGGUCGUGGACGUGGACGUGGUCGUGGACGUGGACAUGGACGUGGACGUGGACGUGGUCGUGGACGUGGACGUGGACGUGGUCGUGGACGUGGACGUGGACGUAAACCUGGACGUGGACGUGGAGGAGGACGUGGACCUGGACGUGGACUUGGACGUGGACAUGGACGUGGAUAUGGUCGUGGACGUGGACUUGGACUUGGUCAUGGACGUGGACGUGGUCGUGGACGUGGACGUGGACGUGGACCUCGACAUGGACGUGGACGUGGACGUGGACUUGGACGUGGACAUGGACGUGGACGUGGACGUGGUCGUGGACGUGGACGUGGACGUGGUCGUGGACGUGGAUGUGGACAUGGACGUGGACGUGGACUUGGACGUGGACGUGGACGUGGACGACGUGGACCUGGACGUGGUCGUGGACGUGGACGUGGACAUGGAGGAUGUGGACGUGGACGUGGACGUGGUCGUGGACGUGGACGUGGACGUGGAGGUGGACGUGAACGUGGACUUGGAUGUGGACGUGGACCUGAACGUGGACCUGGACGUGAACGUGGACGUGGACGUGGACGUGGACUUGGACGUGGACGUGGAUAUGGACGUGGACGUGUUCGUGGAUGUGGACGUGGACGUGGACGUGGUCGUGGACGUGGACGUAGACGUGUACGUGGACGUGGUCGUGGACGUGGACGUGGACGUGGACGUGGACCUGGACGUGGACGUGGACGUGGACGUGGACGUGGUUGUGGACGUGGACGUGGACUUGGACGUGGACGUGGACUUGGACGUGGACGUGGACGUGGACCUGGACGUGGACGUGGACGUGGACUUGGACGUGGAUGACGUGGACCUGGACGUGGUCGUGGACGUGGAUGUGGACGUGGACGUGGAGAACGUGGACGUGGACGUGGACGUGGACGUGGUCGUGGACGUGGACGUGGACUUGGACGUGGACUUGGACCUGGACGUGGACCUGGACGUGGACGUGGACGUGAACCUAGACGUGGACAAGGACGUGAACGUGGACGUGGACGUGGACGUGGACGUGGACCUGGACGUGGACUUGGACGUGGACUUGGACGUGGACGUGGACGUGGUCGUGCACGUGGACGUGGACGUGGACAUGGACUUGGACUUGGACGUGGACGUGGAUGUGGACGUGGACGUGGACCUGGACCUGGACGUGGACCUGGACUUGGACGUGGACUUGGACGUGGACGUGGACGUGGUCGUGGACGUGGACGUGGACCUGGACGUGGACGUGGACGUGGUCGACGUGGACCUGGACGUGGUCGUGGACGUGGACGUGGACGUGGAGGACGUGGACGUGGACGUGGACGUGGUCGUGGACGUGGACGUGGACUUGGACGUGGACUUGGACCUGGACGUGGACCUGGACAUGGACGUGGACGUGGACCUGGACGUGGACGUAGACGUGGACGUGGACGUGGACGUGGACGUGGACCUGGACGUGGACUUGGACGUGGACUUGGACGUGGACUUGGACGUGGACAUGGACGUGGAGGACGUGGACGUGGACGUGGAGGACGUGGACGUGGACGACGUGGACUUGGACGUGGACGUGGACGUGGUCGUGGACAUGGACGUGGACGUGGAGGUGGACGUGAACGUGGACUUGGACGUGGACGUGGACGUGGAUCUAGACGUGGACCUGGACGUGGACGUGGACGUGGACCUGGACAUGGACGUGGACGUGGACGUGGACGUGGUCGUGGACGUGGACAUAGACGUGGACUUGGACGUGGACCUGGACCUGGACCUGGACGUGGACUUGGACGUGGACGUGGACGUGGACGUGGUUGUGGACGUGGACCUGGACGUGGACGUGGACGUGGUCGUGGACGUGGAAAGGUCACGUGGAUGGGAUGUGGACGUGGACGUGGACGUGGACGUGGAGGUGGAUGUGGACGUGGACGUGGACGUGGACGUGGACAUGGAGGUGGAUGUGGACGUGGACGUGGACGUGGACGUGGUUGUGGACGUGGACGUCGACGUGGACGUGGAUCUGGACCUGGACGUGGAGGUGGAGGUAGACGUGGACCUGGACGUGGACGUGGACGUGGACGUGGUCAUGGUCGUGAACGUGGACUUGGACGUAAACCUGGACGUGGACGUGGAGGUGGACGUGGACCUGGACGUGGACGUGGACUUGGACGUGGACGUGGACGUGGACGUGGUCGUGGACGUGGACGUGGUCGUGGACGUGGACGUGGUCGUGGACGUGGACGUGGACGUGGACGUGGACCUCGACAUGGACGUGGACGUGGACGUGGACAUGGAUGUGGACCUGGACCUGGACGUGGACGUGGACGUGGACGUGGUCGUGGACGUGGAAGUGGACGUGGACGUGGACGUGGUCGUGGACGUGGACGUGGACGUGGACGUGGACGUAAACCUGGACGUGGACGUGGAGGUGGACGUGGACCUGGACGUGGACGUGGACUUGGACGUGGACGUGGACGUGGACGUGGAGGUGGAUGUGGACGUGGACGUGGACGUGGACGUGGACGUGGUUGUGGACGUGGACGUCGACAUGGACGUGGAUCUGGACCUGGACGUUGACGUGGAGGUGGACGUGGACCUGGACGUGGACUUGGACGUGGACGUGGACGUGGUCGUGAACGUGGACGUGGACGUAAAUCUGGACGUGGACGUGGAGGUGGACGUGGACCUGGACGUGGACGUGGACUUGGACGUGGACGUGGACGUAGACGUGGUCGUGGACGUGGACGUGGUCGUGGACGUGGACGUGGUCAUGGACGUGGACGUGGACGUGGACCUCGACAUGGACGUGGACGUGGACGUGGACAUGGAUGUGGACCUGGACGUGGACGUGGACGUGGACGUGGACGUGGACGUGGUCGUGGACGUGGAAGUGGACGUGGACGUGGACGUGGACGUGGUCGUGGACGUGGACGUGGACGUGGACGUAAACCUGGACGUGGACGUGGAGGAGGACGUGGACCUGGACGUGGACUUGGACGUGGACAUGGACGUGGACGUGGUCGUGGACGUGGACUUGGACGUGGACGUGGUCAUGUACGUGGACGUGGUCGUGGACGUGGACGUGGACGUGGACGUGGUCGUGGACGUGGACGUGGACGUGGACGUGGACGUGGUCGUGGACGUGGACGUGGUCGUGGACGUGGACGUGGACGUGGACGUGGACGUGGACUUGGACGUGGACGUGGACGUGGUCGUGGACGUGGACAUGGACGUGGACGUGGACGUGGACGUGGACGUGGACGUGGACGUGGACGUGGACGUGGUCGUGGACGUGGACGUGGACAUGGACGUGGACGUGGACUUGGACGUGGACGUGGACGUGGGUUUGGACGUGGACCUGGACCUCGACGUGGACGUGGACGUGCACGUGGACGUGGACGUGGACGUGGACGACGUGGACGUGGACGUGGACGUGGUCGUGGACGUGGACGUGGACGUGGAGGUGGACGUGAACGUGGACUUGGAUGUGGACGUGGACCUGAACGUGGACCUGGACGUGAACGUGGACGUGGACGUGGACGUGGACUUGGACGUGGACGUGGAUAUGGACGUGGACGUGUUCGUGGAUGUGGACGUGGACGUGGACGUGGUCGUGGACGUGGACGUAGACGUGUACGUGGACGUGGACGUGGUCGUGGACGUGGACGUGGACGUGGACGUGGACGUGGUUGUGGACGUGGACGUGGACUUGGACGUGGACGUGGACUUGGACGUGGACGUGGACGUGGACGUGGACCUGGACGUGGACGUGGACGUGGACGUGGACUUGGACGUGGAUGUGGACGUGGACGUUGACGUGGACGUGGAGGACGUGGACGUGGACGUGGACGACGUGGACGUGGACAUGGACGUGGACGUGGUCGUGGACGUGGACGUGGACUUGGACGUGGACUUGGACCUGGACGUGGACCUGGACGUGGACGUGGACGUGAACCUAGACGUGGACGAGGACGUGAACGUGGACGUGGACGUGGACGUGGACCUAGACGUGGACUUGGACGUGGACUUGGACGUGGACGUGGACGUGGUCGUGCACGUGGACGUGGACGUGGACAUGGACUUGGACUUGGACGUGGACGUGGAUGUGGACGUGGACGUGGACCUGGACCUGGACGUGGACCUGGACUUGGACGUGGACUUGGACGUGGACCUGGACGUGGACCUGGACGUGGACGUGGACGUGAACCUAGACGUGGACGAGGACGUGAACGUGGACGUGGACGUGGACGUGGACCUGGACGUGGACUUGGACGUGGACUUGGACGUGGACGUGGACGUGGUCGUGCACGUGGACGUGGACGUGGACAUGGACUUGGACUUGGACGUGGACGUGGAUGUGGACGUGGACGUGGACCUGGACCUGGACGUGGACCUGGACUUGGACGUGGACUUGGACGUGGACGUGGACGUGGACGUGGUCGACGUGGACCUGGACGUGGUCGUGGACGUGGACGUGGACGUGGAGGACGUGGACGUGGACGUGGACGUGGUCGUGGACGUGGACGUGGACUUGGACGUGGACUUGGACCUGGACGUGGACCUGGACAUGGACGUGGACCUGGACCUGGACGUGGACGUAGACGUGGACGUGGACGUGGACGUGGACGUGGACCUGGACGUGGACUUGGACGUGGACUUGGACGUGGACUUGGACGUGGACAUGGACGUGGAGGACGUGGACGUGGACGUGGAGGACGUGGACGUGGACGACGUGGACUUGGACGUGGACGUGGACGUGGUCGUGGACAUGGACGUGGACGUGGAGGUGGACGUGAACGUGGACUUGGACGUGGACGUGGACUUGGAUCUAGGCGUGGACCUGGACAUGGAGGUGGACGUGGACAUGGUCAUGGACGUGGACGUGGACGUGGACGUGGUCGUGGACGUGGACAUAGACGUGGACUUGGACGUGGACCUGGACCUGGACCUGGACGAGGACUUGGACGUGGACGUGGACGUGGACGUGGACCUGGACGUGGACGUGGACGUGGUCGUGGACGUGGAUGUGGAAAGGUCACGUGGAUGGGAUGUGGACGUGGACGUGGACGUGGACGUGGACGUGGAGGUGGAUGUGGACGUGGACGUGGACGUGGAGGUGGAUGUGGACGUGGACGUGGACGUGGACGUGGACGUGGUUGUGGACGUGGACGUCGACGUGGACGUGGAUCUGGACCUGGACGUGGAGGUGGAGGUAGACGUGGACCUGGACGUGGACGUGGACGAGGACGUGGACAUGGUCGUGAACGUGGACUUGGACGUAAACCUGGACGUGGACGUGGAGGUGGACGUGGACCUGGACGUGGACGUGGACUUGGACGUGGACGUGGAUGUGGACGUGGUCGUGGACGUGGACGUGGACGUGGUCGUGGACGUGGACGUGGUCGUGGACGUGGACAUGGACGUGGACGUGGACCUCGACAUGGACGUGGACGUGGACGUGGACAUGGAUGUGGACCUGGACCUGGACGUGGACGUAGACGUGGACGUGGUCGUGGACGUGGAAGUGGACGUGGACGUGGACGUGGACGUGGUCGUGGACGUGGACGUGGACGUGGACGUAAACCUGGACGUGGACGUGGAGGUGGACGUGGACCUGGACGUGGACGUGGACUUGGACGUGGACGUGGACGUGGACGUGGAGGUGGAUGUGGACGUGGACGUGGACGUGGACGUGGACGUGGUUGUUCACUAUUCAACAGUUGUGGACGUGGACGUCGACGUGGACGUCGAUCUGGACCUGGACGUGGACGUGGAGGUGGACGUGGACCUGGACGUGGACGUGGACGUGGACGUGGUCGUGAACGUGGACGUGGACGUAAAUCUGGACGUGGACGUGGAGGUGGACGUGGACCUGGACGUGGACGUGGACUUGGACGUGGACGUGGACGUGGACGUGGUCGUGGACGUGGACGUGGUCGUGGACGUGGACGUGGUCGUGGACGUGGACGUGGACGUGGACCUCGACAUGGACGUGGACGUGGACGUGGACAUGGAUGUGGACCUGGACGUGGACGUGGACGUGGACGUGGACGUGGUCGUGGACGUGGAAGUGGACGUGGACGUGGACGUGGACGUGGUCGUGGACGUGGACGUGGACGUGGACGUAAACCUGGACGUGGACGUGGAGGAGGACGUGGACCUGGACGUGGACUUGGACGUGGACAUGGACGUGGAGGACGUGGACGUGGACGACGUGGACUUGGACGUGGACGUGGACGUGGUCGUGGACAUGGACGUGGACGUGGAGGUGGACGUGAACGUGGACUUGGACGUGGACGUGGACUUGGAUCUAGGCGUGGACCUGGACAUGGACGUGGACGUGGACAUGGUCGUGGACGUGGACGUGGACGUGGACGUGGUCAUGGACGUGGACGUGGUCGUGGACGUGGACGUGGACGUGGACCUCGACAUGGACGUGGACGUGGACUUGGACGUGGACGUGGACGUGGACGUGGUCGUGGACGUGGACGUGGACGUGGACGUGGACGUGGUCGUGGACGUGGACGUGGACAUGGACGUGGACGUGGACUUGGACGUGGACGUGGACGUGGACGACGUGGACCUGGACGUGGUCGUGGACGUGGACGUGGACAUGGAGGACGUGGACGUGGACGUGGACGUGGUCGUGGACGUGGACGUGGACGUGGAGGUGGACGUGAACGUGGACUUGGAUGUGGACGUGGACCUGAACGUGGACCUGGACGUGAACGUGAACGUGGACGUGGACGUGGACUUGGACGUGGACGUGGAUAUGGACGUGGACGUGUUCGUGGAUGUGGACGUGGACGUGGACGUGGUCGUGGACGUGGACGUAGACGUGUACGUGGACAUGGUCGUGGACGUGGACGUGGACGUGGACGUGGACCUGGACGUGGACGUGGACGUGGACGUGGUUGUGGACGUGGACGUGGACUUGGACGUGGACAUGGACUUGGACGUGGACGUGGACGUGGACGUGGACCUGGACGUGGACGUGGACGUGGAUGUGGACUUGGACGUGGAUGUGGACGUGGACAUUGACGUGGACGUGGAGGACGUGGACGUGGUCGUGGACGUGGAUGUGGACGUGGACGUGGACGUGGUCGUGGACGUGGACGUGGACGUGGACGUGGAGGACGUGGACGUGGACGUGGUCGUGGACAUGGACGUGGACGUUGACGUGGACGUGGAGGACGUGGACGUGGACGUGGACAUGGUCGUGGACGUGGACGUGGACUUGGACGUGGACUUGGACCUGGACGUGGACCUGGACGUGGUCGUGGACGUGGACGUGGACAUGGAGGACGUGGACGUGGACGUGGACGUGGUCGUGGACGUGGACGUGGACGUGGAGGUGGACGUGAACGUGGACUUGGAUGUGGACGUGGACCUGAACGUGGACCUGGACGUGAACGUGAACGUGGACGUGGACGUGGACUUGGACGUGGACGUGGAUAUGGACGUGGACGUGUUCGUGGAUGUGGACGUGGACGUGGACGUGGUCGUGGACGUGGACGUAGACGUGUACGUGGACGUGGUCGUGGACGUGGACGUGGACGUGGACGUGGACCUGGACGUGGACGUGGACGUGGACGUGGUUGUGGACGUGGACGUGGACUUGGACGUGGACGUGGACUUGGACGUGGACGUGGACGUGGACGUGGACCUGGACGUGGACGUGGACGUGGAUGUGGACUUGGACGUGGAUGUGGACGUGGACAUUGACGUGGACGUGGAGGACGUGGACGUGGUCGUGGACGUGGAUGUGGACGUGGACGUGGACGUGGACGUGGACGUGGUCGUGGACGUGGACGUGGACGUGGACGUGGAGGACGUGGACGUGGACGUGGUCGUGGACAUGGACGUGGACGUUGACGUGGACGUGGAGGACGUGGACGUGGACGUGGUCGUGGACGUGGACGUGGACUUGGACGUGGACUUGGACCUGGACGUGGACCUGGACGUGGACGUGGACGUGAACCUAGACGUGGACGAGGACGUGAACGUGGACGUGGACGUGGACGUGGACGUGGACGUGGACCUGGACGUGGACUUGGACGUGGACUUGGACGUGGACGUGGACGUGGUCGUGCACGUGGACGUGGACGUGGACAUGGACUUGGACUUGGACGUGGACGUGGAUGUGGACGUGGACGUGGACCUGGACCUGGACGUGGACCUGGACUUGGACGUGGACUUGGACGUGGACGUGGACGUGGUCCUGGACGUGGACGUGGACCCGGACGUGGACGUGGACGUGGACGUGGUCGUGGACGUGGUUGUGGACGUGGACGUGGACGUGGACGUGGAGGACGUAGACGACGUGGACGUGGACGUGGACGUGGUCGUGGACGUGGACGUGGACUUGGACGUGGACUUGGACCUGGACGUGGACCUGGACAUGGACGUGGACGUGGACCUGGACGUGGACGUAGACGUGGACGUGGACGUGGACGUGGACCUGGACGUGGACUUGGACGUGGACUUGGACGUGGACUUGGACGUGGACAUGGACGUGGAGGACGUGGACGUGGACGUGGAGGACGUGGACGUGGACGACGUGGACUUGGACGUGGACGUGGACGUGGUCGUGAACAUGGACGUGGACGUGGAGGUGGACGUGAACGUGGACUUGGACGUGGACGUGGAUCUAGACGUGGACCUGGACGUGGACGUGGACGUGGACCUGGACAUGGACGUGGACGUGGACGUGGACGUGGUCGUGGACGUGGACAUAGACGUGGACUUGGACGUGGACCUGGAUCUGGACCUGGACGUGGACUUGGACGUGGACGUGGACGUGGUUGUGGACGUGGACCUGGACGUGGACGUGGACGUGGUCGUGGACGUGGACGUGGACGUGGAAAGGUCACGUGGAUGGGAUGUGGACGGGGACGUGGACGUGGACGUGGAGGUGGAGGUGGAUGUGGACGUGGACGUGGACGGGGACGUGGAGGUGGAUGUGGACGUGGACGUCGACGUGGACGUGGAUCUGGACCUGGACGUGGACGUGGAGGUAGACGUGGACCUGGACGUGGACAAGGACGUGGACGUGGACAUGGUCGUGAACGUUGACUUGGACGUAAACCUGGACGUGGACGUGGAGGUGGACGUGGACCUGGACGUGGACGUGGACUUGGACGUGGACGUGGACGUGGACGUGGUCGUGGACGUGGACGUGGACGUGGUCGUGGACGUGGACGUGGUCGUGGACGUGGACGUGGACGUGGACGUGGACCUCGACAUGGACGUGGACGUGGACAUGGAUGUGGACCUGGACCUGGACGUGGACAUGGACGUGGACGUGGACGUGGUCGUAGACGUGGAAGUGGACGUGGACGUGGACGUGGACGUGGUCAUGGACGUGGACGUGGACGUGGACGUAAACCUGGACGUGGACGUGGAGGUGGACGUGGACCUGGACGUGGACGUGGACUUGGACGUGGACGUGGACGUGGACGUGGUCGUGGACGUGGAGGUGGACGUGGACGUGGUCGUGGACGUGGACGUGGUCGUGGACGUGGACGUGGACGUGGACCUCGACAAGGACGUGGACGUGGACGUGGACGUGGACGUGGACUUGGUCGUGGACGUGGACGUGGACGUGGACGUGGUCGUAGACGUGGACGUGGACAUGGACGUGGACGUGGACUUGGACGUGGACGUGGACGUGGACGUGGGUUUGGACGUGGACCUGGACCUGGACGUGGACGUGGACGUGCACGUGGACGACGUGGACGUAGACGUGGAGGUGGACGUGGUCGUGGACGUGGACGUGGACGUUGAGGUGGACGUGAACGUGGACUUGGAUGUGGACGUGGACCUGAACGUGGACCUGGACGCGAACGUGGACGUGGACGUGGACGUGGACUUGGACGUGGACGUGGACGUGUUCGUGGACGUGGACGUGGACGUGGACGUGGUCGUGGACGUGGACGUAGACGUGUACGUGGUCAUGGACGUGGAUGUGGACCUGGACGUAGACGUGGACGUGGACGUGGUCGUGGACGUGGACGUGGACUUGGACGUGGACGUGGACUUGGACGUGGACGUGGACGUGGUUGUGGACGUGGACCUGGACGUGGACGUGGACGUGGUCGUGGACGUGGAAGUGGACGUGGACGUGGUCGUGGACGUGGACGUGGACGUGGACGUAAACCUGGACGUGGACGUGGAGGAGGACGUGGACCUGGACGUGGACUUGGACGUGGACAUGGACGUGGACGUGGUCGUGGACGUGGACGUGGACGUGGACGUGGUCAUGGACGUGGACGUGGUUGUGGACGUGGACGUGGACGUGGACCUCGACAUGGACGUGGACGUGGACGUGGACUUGGACGUCGACGAGGACGUGGACCUGGACGUGGACUUGGACGUGGACAUGGACGUGGACGUGGUCGUGGACGUGGACGUGGACGUGAACGUGGUCAUGGACGUGGACGUGGUCGUGGACGUGGACGUGGACGUGGACCUCGACAUGGACGUGGACGUGGACGUGGACUUGGACGUGGACGUGGACCUCGACAUGGACGUGGACGUGGACGUGGACGUAGACGUGGACGUGCACGUGCACGUGGACAUGGACGUGGACGUGGACGUGGACGACGUGGACGUGGACGUGGACGUGGACGUGGUCGUGGACGUGGACGUAGACGUGGAGGUGGACGUGAACGUGGACUUGGAUGUGGACGUGGACCUGAACGUGGACCUGGACGUGAACGUGGACGUGGACGUGGACGUGGACUUGGACGUGGACGUGGAUAUGGACGUGGACGUGUUCGUGGAUGUGGACGUGGACAUGGACGUGGUCGUGGACGUGGACGUAGACGUGUACGUGGACGUGGUCGUGGACGUGGACGUGGACCUGGACGUGGACGUGGACGUGGACGUGGUUGUGGACGUGGACGUGGACUUGGACGUGGACGUGGACUUGGACGUCGACGUGGACGUGGACGUGGACCUGGACAUGGACGUGGACGUGGACUUGGACGUGGAUGUGGACGUGGACGUUGACGUGGAUGUGGAGGACGUGGACGUGGACGUGGACGACGUGGACGUGGACGUGGACGUGGACGUGGUCGUGGACGUGGACGUGGACUUGGACGUGGACUUGGACCUGGACGUGGACCUGGACGUGGACGUGGACGUGAACCUAGACGUGGACGAGGACGUGAACGUGGACGUGGACGUGGACGUGGACGUGGACCUGGACGUGGACUUGGACGUGGACUUGGACGUGGACGUGGACGUGGUCGUGCACGUGGACGUGGACGUGGACAUGGACUUGGACUUGGACGUGGAUGUGGACGUGGACGUGGACCUGGACCUGGACGUGGACCUGGACUUGGACGUGGACUUGGACGUGGACGUGGACGUGGACGUGGUCGUGGACGUGGACGUGGACCUGGACGUGGACGUGGACGUGGUCGACGUGGACCUGGACGUGGUCGUGGACGUGGACGUGGACGUGGAGGACGUGGACGUGGACGUGGACGUGGUCGUGGACGUGGACGUGGACUUGGACGUGGACUUGGACGUGGACUUGGACCUGGACGUGGACCUGGACAUGGACGUGGACGUGGACCUGGACGUGGACGUAGACAUGGACGUGGACGUGGACCUGGACGUGGACUUGGACGUGGACUUGGACGUGGACUUGGACGUGGACAUGGACGUGGAGGACGUGGACGUGGACGUGGACGUGGAGGACGUGGACGUGGACGACGUGGACUUGGACGUGGACGUGGACGUGGUCGUGGACAUGGACGUGGACGUGGAGGUGGACGUGAACGUGGACUUGGACGUGGACGUGGACGUGGAUCUAGACGUGGACCUGGACGUGGACGUGGACGUGGACCUGGACGUGGACGUGGACGUGGACGUGGUCGUGGACGUAGACAUAGACGUGGACUUGGACGUGGACGUGGACGUGGACGUGGUUGAGGACGUGGACCUGGACGUGGACGUGGACGUGGUCGUGGACGUGGACGUGGACGUGGAAAGGUCACGUGGAUGGGAUGUGGACGUGGACGUGGACGUGGACGUGGAGGUGGAUGUGGACGUGCACGUGGACGUGGACGUGGACGUGGAGGUGGAUGUGGACGUGGACGUGGACGUGGACGUGGUUGUGGACGUGGACGUGGACGUGGACGUGGACCUAGAUGUGGACGUGGACUUGGACGUGGACGUGGACGUGGACGUGGAGGACGUGGACGUGGAGGACGUGGACGUGGACGACGUGGACGUGGACGUGGACGUGGACCUGGUCGUGGACGUGGACGUGGACGUGGAGGUGGACGUGAACGUGGACUUGGACGUGGACGUGGACCUGGACGUGGACCUGGACCUGGACGUGGACGUGGACCUGGACAUGGACGUGGACGUGGACAUCGACGUGGUCGUGGACGUGGACAUAGACGUGGACGUGGACGUGGACCUCGAUCUCGACCUGGACGUGGACGUGGACGUGGACUUGGACGUGGACGUGGACGUGGACGAGGACGUGGAUGAGGACGUGGUCGUGGACGUGGACGUGGACGUGGUCGUGGUCGUGGACGUGGACGUGGACGUCGAUGUGGACAUGGACGUGGACCUGGAUGUGGACGUGGACUUGGACGUAGACGUGGACGUGGACGUGGAGGACGUGGACGUGGACGUGGAGGACGUGGACGUGGACGACGUGGACGUGGACGUGGUCGUGGACGUGGACGUGGACAUGGACUUGGACGUGGACGUAGACGUGGACGUGGACGUGGUCGUGGACGUGGACGUGGACGUGGACGUGGUCGUGGACAUGGACGUGGACAUGGACGUGGACCAGGACGUGGACGUGGACGUGGACCUGGAUGUGGACGUGGACUUGGACGUGGACGUGGACGUGGACGUGGAGGACGUGGACGUGGACGUGGAGGACGACGUGGACGUGGACGUGGACGUGGACGUGGACAUGGACGUGGACGUGGUCGUGGACGUGGACGUGGACUUGGACGUGGACGUGGACGUGGACCUGGACGUGGACGUGGACGUGGACGUGGACGUGGAAGUGGACCUGGACGUGGACGUGAACGUGGACGUGGACGUGGUCGUGGACGUGGACGUAGACGUGGACGUGGACGUGGACGUGGACCUGGACCUGGACCUGGACUUGGACGUGGACUUGGACGUGGACGUGGACGUGGACGUGGACAUGGACGUGGACGUGGACGUGGUCGUCGACGUGGUCGUGGACGUGGACGUGGACAUGGACGUCGACGUGGACGUGGACGUGGACCUGGAUGUGGACGUGGAAUUGGACGUGGACGUGGACGUGGACGUGGACGUGGAGGAUGUGGACGUGGAGGACGUGGACGUGGACGACGUGGACGUGGACGUGGACGUGGUCGUGGACGUGGACGUGGACGUGGACCUGGACGUGGACGUGGACGUGGACGUGGACGUGGACAUGGACAUGGAGGACGUGGACGUGGACGUGGACGUGGUCGUGGACGUAGACGUGGACGUGGACGUGGACCUAGAUGUGGACGUGGACUUGGACGUGGACGUGGACGUGGACGUGGAGGACGUGGACGUGGAGGACGUGGACGUGGACGUGGACGUGAACGUGGACUUGGAAGUGGACGUGGACCUGGACGUGGACCUGGACGUGGACGUGGACGUGGACCUGGACAUGGACGUGGACGUGGACAUCGACGUGGUCGUGGACGUGGACGUAGACGUGGACAUGGACGUGGACCUCGAUCUCGACCUGGACGUGGACGUGGACGUGGACUUGGACGUGGACGUGGACGUGGACGAGGACGUGGAUGUGGACGUGGUCGUGGACGUGGACGUGGACGUGGACGUGGUCGUGGUCGUGGACGUGGACGUCGAUGUGGACAUGGACGUGGACCUGGAUGUGGACGUGGACUUGGACGUGGACGUGGACGUGGACGUGGAGGACGUGGACGUGGACGUGGAGGACGUGGACGACGUGGACGUGGUCGUGGACGUGGACGUGGACAUGGACUUGGACGUGGACGUGGACGUCGACGUGGACGUGGACGUGGUCGUGGACGUGGACGUGGACGUGGACGUGGUCGUGGACAUGGACGUGGACAUGGACGUGGACCAGGACGUGGACGUGGACGUGGACCUGGAUGUGGACGUGGACUUGGACGUGGACGUGGACGUGGACGUGGAGGACGUGGACGUGGACGUGGAGGACGACGUGGACGUGGACGUGGACGUGAACAUGGACGUGGACGUGGUCGUGGACGUGGACGUGGACUUGGACGUGGACGUGGACGUGGACCUGGACGUGGACCUGGACGUGGACGUGGACGUGGACCUGGACGUGGACGUGAACGUGGACGUGGACGUGGUCGUGGACGUGGACGUAGACGUGGACUUGGACGUGGACGUGGACCUGGACCUGGACCUGGACUUGGACGUGGACUUGGACGUGGACGUGGACGUGGACGUGGACAUGGACGUGGACGUGGACGUGGACGUGGUCGUCGACGUGGUCGUGGACGUGGACGUGGACAUGGACGUCGACGUGGACGUGGACGUGGACCUGGAUGUGGACGUGGAAUUGGACGUGGACGUGGACGUGGACGUGGAGGAUGUGGACGUGGAGGACGUGGACGUGGACGACGUGGACGUGGACGUGGACGUGGUCGUGGACGUGGACGUGGACCUGGACGUGGACGUGGACGUGGACGUGGACAUGGACAUGGAGGACGUGGACGUGGACGUGGACGUGGUCGUGGACGUGGACGUGGACGUGGACGUGGAUGUGGACGUGGACGUGGACGUGGACGUGGACGUGGACGUGGUCGACGUGGACGUGGACGUGGACGUGGACGUGGACGUGGACGUGGAGGACGUGGACGUGGACGUGGAGGACGUGGACGUGGACGUGGUGGUGGACGUGGACGUGGACAUGGACGUGGACAUGGAGGACGUGGACGUGGACGUGGACGUGGACGUGGACGUGGUCGUGGACGUGGACGUGGACUUGGACGUGGACGUGGACGUGGACCUGGACGUGGACUUGGACGUGGACGUGGACGUGGACCUAGACGUGGACGUGGACAUGAACGUGGACGUAGACGUGGACGUGGACGUGGACGUAGACGUAGACCUGGACGUGGACUUGGACGUGGACGUGGACGUGGACGUGGUCGUGGACGUGGACGUGGACGUAGACAUGGACUUGGACUUGGACGUGUACCUGGACGUGGACGUGGACGUGGACGUGGAGGACGUGGACGUGGACGUGGACGUGAACAUGGACGUGGACGUGGUCGUGGACGUGGACGUGGACUUGGACGUGGACGUGGACGUGGACCUGGACGUGGACCUGGACGUGGACGUGGACGUGGACCUGGACGUGGACGUGAACGUGGACGUGGACGUGGUCGUGGACGUGGACGUAGACGUGGACUUGGACGUGGACGUGGACCUGGACCUGGACCUGGACUUGGACGUGGACUUGGACGUGGACGUGGACGUGGACGUGGACAUGGACGUGGACGUGGACGUGGACGUGGUCGUCGACGUGGUCGUGGACGUGGACGUGGACAUGGACGUCGACGUGGACGUGGACGUGGACAUGGAUGUGGACGUGGACGUGGACGUGGACCUGGACGUGGACCUGGACUUGGACGUGGACUUGGACGUGGACGUGGACGUGGUCGUGGACGUGGACGUGGUCGUGGACCUGGACGUGGACGUGGACGUGGACGUGGACGUGGUCGUGGACGUUGACGUGGACGUGGACCUGGACGUGGACGUGGACGUGGACGUGGACGUGGACUUGGACGUGGACGUGGACGUGGACGUGGACGUGGUCGUGGACGUGGACGUGGACGUGGUCGUAGACGUGGACGUGGACGUGGACCAGGACGUGGACGUGGACGUGGACCUGGAUGUGGACGUGGACGUGGAGGUCGACGUGGACGUGGACGUGGACGUGGACAUGGACGUGGACGUGGUCGUGGACGUGGACUUGGACGUGGACGUGGACGUGGACCUGGACGUGGACCUGGACGUGGACGUGGACGUGGACCUGGACGUGGACGUGAACGUGGACGUGGACGUGGUCGUGGACGUGGACGUAGACGUGGACGUGGACGUGGACCUAGACCUGGACGUGGACUUGGACGUGGACUUGGACGUGGACGUGGACGUGGACAUGGACGUGGACGUGGACGUGGUCGUGGACGUGGUCGUGAACGUGGACGUGGACAUGGACGUCUACGUGGACGUGGACGUGGACCUGGAUGUGGACGUGGACUUGGACAUGGACGUGGACAUGGACGUGGACGUGGACGUGGAGGAUGUGGACGUGGAGGACGUGGACGUGGACGACGUGGACGUGGACGUGGACGUGGUCGUGGACGUGGACGUGGACGUGGACGUGGACGUGGACGUCGACUUGGACGCGGACGUGGACGUGAACGUGGACGUGGUCGUGGACGUGGACGUGGACGUGGUCGUGGACGUGGACGUGGACGUGGACGUUGACCUGGACGUGGACGUGGACGUGGACCUGGAUGUGGACGUGGACUUGGACGUCGACGUGGACGUGGACGUGGAGGACGUUGACGUGGACGUGGAGGACGUGGAGGACGUGGACGUGGACGUGGACGUGGAGGACGUGGAUGUGGACGUGGACGUGGACGUGGACGUGGACGUGGUCGUGGAUGUGGACGUGGACUUGGACGUGGACGUGGACGUGGACCUGGACACGUGGACGUGGACGUGGACCU